UUUUUUUUUUCUCUUUGAACCUCCGUCUCACAUUCAAUAUGGUCCAACUAACUCCUCAAGCUACAACUGAUCUCCUGCCCAUCAUUGACUUGGGUCUCUACCUCCAGAAUCCCGAUUCACCAGAAGCCAUUGAAGAAUGCAAACGAGCUUCAGAUGCCAUCCGCGACUAUGGCGCAUUAAUCGUCAAGGACCCCCGCGUGACAGAGAAGGAGAAUAAUGAUUUCAUUGACAUGAUGGAGGAUUACUUUGACCAGCCAUACGAUGUCAAACUCAAGGACUCCAGACCCGAGUAUGGUUAUCAGGUCGGAGUUACUCCCGAACUGACUGAGGAUCCCAAAUGCCCAAAGGAUCCUCACUGCACUGAUAUCAUUGAUCAUAUUCCUGAAGCCAACAGACCCUUGGAAUUCCAUGGUCCUGAUCCCAAAUGGCGCUUCUUCUGGCGCAUUGGUGAACAACCUCCUACCACUCAGUUCCCUCGUCUCAAUGCUGAGCCCGUUGUCCCUGAAGCAUUCAAAGAUGUUUGGGCCAAGACUAUGGAUGCAUGGGGUAAUACUCUCCACAAGGCAGUUUUGGGCUUGGCUGAGAUGAUUGCAGUCGGAUUUGGAUUGCCCAAGAAGACCUUUGUUGAUAUGGCUCAAUAUGGUCCUCAUUUGCUUGCACCAACUGCCAGCGACUUGAACAAGUAUGGCAAAGUUGGCGCUGUUCUUGCUGGGUUCCAUUACGACCUCAACUUUUUAACCAUCCAUGGCAAGUCACGUUACCCUGGGUUGAAUAUUUGGCCACGCAACGAGUCCGAGAAGCUUGCAGUCCGAGUUCCUGAUGGCUGUCUCUUGGUACAGGCAGGCAAGCAACUAGAAUGGUUGACCGGUGGAGUGGUUCAAGCUGGAUACCAUGAGGUGAUUGUUAAUGAGGCUACGGCGCGUGUUAUUGAGAACAAGACCAAUGAUAGGCCACUUUGGAGAAUUUCGUCCACAUUCUUCUUGCACAUUGCGUCAGAUAAUGUUCUGAGACCACUCGAGGGCGUGUUUGAUACGGAGGAGGCACGUCUAGCUAAAUAUCCCAAGAUCCAUACGGGUGAUCAAGUUAGAAAGGAGCUUGGAUUGAUUUCACUUUUGGAGAAGUAAUAUGAAUAAAAAGUAGUUUGAUAGAAGAGAAAAAAGUUAAA